GCGGGCCAGACCGAGUCGCCUUUAAGCUGCCCGAGUUCGCGAUUCACCAACGCCUCUUGCGCCGGCGGCGUGACGCGGGCGCCAUAGGGGGCUGCGGCGCCUUACGCCGGUGGAGUAAAGGCGUUGCUUUUUUUUUUUUUUGGCUCGUGCAAGGAAGAGAAAGAGGUUUAAAGAGACGGGAGAGGCGCCGCUGCCCAUAGACGGCCUGCUGGGGGGCAGGCCCCGGGGGGGGGCCCCCAGCUCUGAAGCACCCGGGGGUGGGAGGAAAGGUGACUCAGAAGUGACGGAUUGCUGCCAGCCGGUUCCACCCGUCUUCCGCCAUGUCGUCGUCGUCUUCUCCAAAGAGUGCCCCGUCGGAGCUGCCACCCAGAGUCCCGGCGGGACCGGCAAGAGGACCGACGUCCCACUAGCACGGCGCAUGCGGGUGGAGUGUCGCCCCCUGGCGCCCUCCCCUCCUCCUCUUCCUCCUCCUCCUCCUCCACCCGUGAUGGUUUAUUAACCCAGAAGACGUCAGCUUCUGAUCAGCUCCUCUCUUUUCCCCUCCAUCUUCCUCCCCUCCCCCUAACCCGCAACCCCACCUCAAGUUUCCGCUGUGUUGGGAUUUGUAUGGAAUCGACGUAAUCGUGGAGAGGCCGGGGUAUCACAAACUUAUGGAUUUUGAUAAGAGAGGAGGGAAAGGGGAGAGCGAGGAAAGCAAAAGGAUGUCUAAAACAGGUGGAGGCCGAAGCACUCACGGGAGCCGUACGGCAGGGACCAACUCCGGAGUCUUAAUGGUGGGCCCCAACUUCCGGGUCGGGAAGAAGAUUGGCUGCGGUAACUUUGGGGAGCUUCGGCUAGGGAAGAACCUCUACACGAAUGAAUACGUAGCGAUCAAGCUGGAACCAAUCAAAUCCAGAGCACCACAAUUGCACUUGGAGUACCGGUUCUACAAACAGCUUGGGAAUGCAGAAGGAAUCCCUCAGGUUUACUACUUUGGCCCGUGCGGGAAGUACAACGCCAUGGUCUUGGAACUGCUGGGGCCCAGCCUGGAAGACCUCUUCGACCUCUGCGACCGGACGUUCACGCUCAAGACGGUCCUCAUGAUCGCCAUCCAAUUGAUCACACGGAUGGAGUACGUUCACACCAAAAGCCUAAUCUACAGAGAUGUCAAGCCCGAGAACUUCUUGGUGGGGCGCCCGGGCAGCAAACGGCAACACACCAUUCACAUCAUCGACUUCGGCCUGGCCAAAGAGUACAUUGACCCCGAGACCAAAAAACACAUCCCCUACCGAGAGCACAAGAGCCUGACAGGGACGGCCCGAUACAUGAGCAUCAACACACACCUCGGGAAAGAACAAAGCCGCCGAGAUGACCUGGAAGCGCUAGGUCACAUGUUCAUGUACUUCCUCCGUGGGAGUCUUCCUUGGCAAGGCCUCAAGGCGGACACGCUGAAGGAACGGUAUCAGAAGAUCGGUGACACCAAACGAGCCACGCCCGUUGAAGUGCUGUGUGAAAACUUCCCCGAGGAGAUGGCCACGUACCUUCGCUACGUCCGACGUCUGGAUUUCUUCGAAAAGCCGGAUUACGACUACCUGCGGAAGCUCUUCACCGACCUGUUUGAUCGGAACGGCUUUGUCUUUGAUUACGAAUACGACUGGGCGGGUAAACCCUUACCGACUCCUAUUGGCACAAUCCAGAGUGACAUACAAGUCCCGCCUCCAAACAGGGAGAAAGCACAGCAGUUCAUCAAGCAGCAGCAGUCACCCGAGGGGGCCGGAUUAUGGGAUCCCCAGGCCGAGCGGCGGCCUGCUGAGGAGGCUAUAGGAACUCUUCUGGCAGCCAGCAGGCUUGGGGGUUCUGUGCAGGUCAUGAGCUCAACCAACGGGGAGCUGAACACAGACGAUCCGACUGCUGGCCACUCCAACGCCCCCAUCACCGCCCCCGCCGAAGUCGAGGUGGCCGACGACACAAAGUGCUGCUGCUUCUUCAAGAGAAGAAAGAGGAAAACCAUCCAGCGCCACAAGUGAUGCGCCCACCCCGCUGCCGGAAGAGACCAGGAUCCUUUUGGGGACUACAUUUUGUUGGAGCAUCCUGGACCCCGCCCCUUUCCCGGCUAAUGGAUUGAGAUUCCGUGUUUGGAUGGGGAAGGGGCUUCGUCCCUGUCCUCUGCUUCAGUUUUGCCCGGGGGGGGGAACGACAGAUGCGGGCAGGAGCUGCUGUGACUGUCGCGGGGCUAGCCCCGGGGACUGGGGGUGGGGAGGGCAGCCUUCCCCAGUUCGUGACUUUUUCCUUUUCUUCCCAAGAAACACAGAAUUUGGGAGGUGUGUGUGUGUGCGGGGGGCGGGGGCCGUUCACCGAGAAAAGCACGUCAAGACUUUUUUUCGCUCUCAAGUGCCCGGUUUCGUUUCGUUUCUUUUUUUUUUUUCCUUGUCUGGUCUGCAGAAAAGCAUUAACUAUUUAAGCUUCAGUCUACACUUCUGUCGGUUUUUCUGUUCCCUCCCCCACCACGCCCAAAAUUGGUUUCCUUGAAUCAUAUUGAAAGAAAACAUUUUUUUUUUGAGGGGCGCAGGGGUUGGGGUGUGCGUGCGGGGGCGGGGGAGAAUUCGACACGUUUCCUUUAAAAGAAGCAAAACGACGGCGAGCCAGCCACGAAGACUCCUUUCUCUUUCACUUCUGCAUCCAAGUUUUAAUUUAAAAUGCAAUUAUUAUUAUUAUUUUUUUUUGGUCUCCGGUGCUUGAGGAUCGGGGUCCUUGCUCCCCUGUCCUCUUUUUUUGUAGGUCGUUUCCUGUUUGCUUGUACCUGUCAAUAUUUUUUUUUAAAAAGUCUCCUUUUGGUUUCCUUC